AUGAGACUAAAUUACUUUACACGCGAUGGUAUUCUCUGGCAAUGUCCUAGUGAACGGUGUUCUUGUCGACCAGGUCGAUCUCGUCGAAGACGAUCUUUAAGAGAUCAUUCGUUCUUUAAUUACUUAAAAGCUCCUUUGGAUGAAUUUCUAUUGGUGGUAUAUCACUUUCUAUUGAAGACACCUGUAUCCUCAAUCAAAAUGGCAAGUGGUCUUCAUCAUAACACUAUUCAAAAUAUUAUUGAUAGUAUUUAUCAUCUGAUGGAGUUGGAUUUGAAAAGAGAAGAUCAGUUAAUCGGUGGAUUGGAUGAAAAUAAUGAACCGAUUAUUGUAGAAAUCGAUGAAAGCAAGUUUGGAAAGCGGAAAUAUCAUCGUGGUCAUCACGUUGAAGGCAUUUGGGUAGUUGGUGGUAAUGAAAAAACACCACAACGAAAAGCGUUUCUUACUAUUGUUCAAGAUCGUACAGCCAAUACUUUCGAAGAGCUUAUU